UACGUUUGCUAGUCGACGGAUUCAGUACACGACGGUAUUUUAUCCGUAUUUUGGUGCUAUCAUGAAACUGGCAUUCGUAACUGGGUCAAACAAAGGCAUUGGAUAUACCAUUGUUGAAAAGCUUGCAGAAUUUUAUGGGACAUCAGGAGAGUGGGAUAUUUAUCUAACAGCUCGAAAUGUUGAGCUUGGUCAGGAAGCUGUGGAGAAGCUCAGUAACAAGGGCCUGGAUGUUAAAUUUCAUCAACUAGAUAUUACUGAUCGAGAUAGUCGAAAAGCGUUCCUAACAUUUGUAGAGAGAAACUAUCCUAAUGGAAUCAACAUUGCAGUGAAUAAUGCUGGGAUUGCCUUUAAAGCUGACACUCCAGAGUCACUUGGCGAGCAAGCACGAGUCACUGUUAACACUAACUUCACUUCGACUGUCGAUUUCACGGAAGAGUUCAUUCCUUUACUGGCUGAAAAUUCCAGAGUCGUCAACGUAUCUUCUACUCUUUCUUUGUUCAAUCUGAUGAAACUUAGUGACGAUCUGUACGAAAAAUUUGUCGGCCAAAUGAAUCUUUUUGAAUUAAAAGAACUUAUGGCGGAGUUUGUAAGGUCUGCUGAGGAUGGUACUUAUUCUGAGAAAGGUUGGGUGUCAAGUGCGUAUGCGGUAUCUAAAAUAGGCCUUACAAAGGCUUCAUUUAUUUUUGGUGAAAUGCUGAAAGAUGAUCCAAGAGGGAUUGUGAUAAAUUCGGUAACUGGGUCAAACAAAGGCAUUGGAUAUACCAUUGUUGAAAAGCUUGCAGAAUUUUAUGGGACAUCAGGAGAGUGGGAUAUUUAUCUAACAGGUAAGAAGUUGUUGGUUGAUAAUUUAACAGCUCGAAAUGUUGAGCUUGGUCAGGAAGCUGUGGAGAAGCUCAGUAACAAGGGCCUGGAUGUUAAAUUUCAUCAACUAGAUAUUACUGAUCGAGAUAGUCGAAAAGCGUUCCUAACAUUUGUAGAGAGAAACUAUCCUAAUGGAAUCAACAUUGCAGUGAAUAAUGCUGGGAUUGCCUUUAAAGCUGACACUCCAGAGUCACUUGGCGAGCAAGCACGAGUCACUGUUAACACUAACUUCACUUCGACUGUCGAUUUCACGGAAGAGUUCAUUCCUUUACUGGCUGAAAAUUCCAGAGUCGUCAACGUAUCUUCUACUCUUUCUUUGUUCAAUCUGAUGAAACUUAGUGACGAUCUGUACGAAAAAUUUGUCGGCCAAAUGAAUCUUUUUGAAUUAAAAGAACUUAUGGCGGAGUUUGUAAGGUCUGCUGAGGAUGGUACUUAUUCUGAGAAAGGUUGGGUGUCAAGUGCGUAUGCGGUAUCUAAAAUAGGCCUUACAAAGGCUUCAUUUAUUUUUGGUGAAAUGCUGAAAGAUGAUCCAAGAGGGAUUGUGAUAAAUUCGUGUUGUCCUGGUUUUGUUGACACUGAUAUGACUGACCAUAAAGGUGUGAAGACAACGGAUGAAGGUGCUGAUACACCGUUCUAUUUGGCCACAUUACCGAUUGGCUCAAAAGAGCCAAUUAAUCAAUUCGUCUACGAAAGGAAGGUGGUCAAAUGGUCCAAAUGA